AUGACCCGCGAUGAAAGAGAAGCACUUUCACAACGCAUUUGUCACUUCUAUCUUGAUUCUUCGAAUCGAUCCGUUAAAACUACGGUAAAUUAUUUUACGAAACAAAAUAUUCCACCAAGAACCAUAUAUUAUGUAUUAAAUAAGUAUUUCAAAUAUGGAACAACCAAAGAUCGACGACGAACAGGGCGCCCAUUGAAAUUAACCACUGAACAUAUACAGAACCUUGUCAAAUCUGUCAACAAUCGAUGUGGUCUUAGCCAACGUAAAAUGGCACGACGCUUUCAAGUACACCAGUCAACUAUUUCACGGAAUCUACGAAGACGAACAGCAGUCGUUAUUAGAAAACGUCGGAAGGCUCCAAAAAUGGACAACAAAGAACAAGAAAAUCGAGCACGAAAAAACUGGAAAAUUAUAUCGCCAGUUGUUGAACGUGGGAACAAUGUCUGUGGUAAUCGAUAUUUUUAUUCUACUGAUCCAAGCAGUGCUCCUCCUAACAUUAAAUUUCAAGGAAAAAAGAAAUUUGAACCAAAAGUAAUGAUUUGGAUGGCUUGUUCUUCGAAAGGUAUUUCUGAUAUAUACGUUCACAGAAGCAAGCAAGCUAUUGAUCAACACACAUACCUUAAAGAAUGCAUUAAUAAGAGACUACUUGCUUUUAUAGAAAGGUAUCAUAAUGAUGGAAAUUAUCUCUUCUGGCCCGACUUGGCCAAUGCUCAUUAUGCAAAAGUAGUACAGACACGUUUAAACGAGAAAAAUGUACUGUAUGUUCGUCGCCAAGAUAAUCCUCCAAAUGUACCUCAAGCUCGUCCAAUUGAAUAUAUUUGGGCUCAACUUGAACGAAAGAUCUAUGAAAAUAAUUGGGAAGCAAAAAAUGUGAAUACAUUGAUUCGGAGGAUCAGGCAAAAGGUAAAGGAACUGGAUCGAAUAGCGUUGCAAACUAUGAUUCGGGGUACUCCAAUGAAACUUCGGGCUAUGUGGCGAAAUGGAUUAUAUUCAGUUUGCUAA